CGGAAGUAGAAGGGAGUUCACUUCCGGGUCGGGUUGCCUGCGCUGGGCCGGCUUCGGAGCCUGUUGUGACAGUAAGAGAAAAUGAGUUCAGCAGGGAAGAGAAGAGGAAGGCCGAACAGAGGCGGAGGAAGAGGGCGAGGUAGAGGCGGAGGUGGAGGAGGAGGAAGAGGCAGAGGAAGAGGACAAUGUAACAAAUCUCAUGUUGGUGGAAAUAAAAAAGGGUCAAGCAAAGCUUGGGAUGAUGGGGAUGACUUUUGCUGCUUUGAGGAACCGCCAGUUGCAUCCAGAUCAAGCUGCGUUAUCAGAAGAGGAGGGCAAACCAAACAGAGACCUGAAACGAGGAUGCCUCUGCAGACCAUACAUAUGACAUCUGAGAAUCAGCAAAGGGUGAAAGAACUUCUCCGAGAACUCCAGGGACAAGAGCUGUCAGCUGGUUCAGAAAUGGCUGCAUCAGGCGAAGAUGAUGAUGAUGAACCUGAUUAUUUUGAUGAUGUGCAAUGCUGGUCAGCAGACGAAGAGAUUUCUGAAGUAACUACAGGGCUGGUUUCUGAACCAAAUGAACAUAAAAUGGUGGAAAGUGAGGUGUCUUCAUUUGCUGUGCAUAAACUUUCCAGGUAUGGCUUUGAUAAUGAGCGCUGUCGGACAAUACUAGGAUCCUGCAAUGGUAACAUUGGGGCAUCGUUGGAACACUUGCUCUUGCAGUGCUUUUCAGAAAAAUACGGAGCGAGGAUGCAAAUCUCAGAAGCAGCUGUUCAGGCCAGUCUAGAAGAAUGCUUGGAACAAAGGCAAGAAGAGGCUUUUGCUCUCUGUUCAAUCUACGGAGAAAACUUUGUAGAAAGAAUUAAAAACAGAGUUUGGACGUUUGGGUUGGAACUGGAACACUUAACAAAUAAAGUCAGCAAAUCCAAACAAAGGGAUAGUGCUGCCAAAGAUGUGGCAAAACAGACUUUAAACAAAGUCUGUAAAUUUUACCUUCAAGGAGGCUGCAAGUUUGGCUCAAGAUGCAAAUUCCAACAUGAGAGUCCUCCAAAGCACCUGCCAAGAACGUUACAGAAUUCUGUGGAUGACGCUCACCUCAGAUCUAAUAGCGAUAACUCUCCUUUAUACGAACUUGAAAUCAGAUUUCCUGAGGAUAACAAAUACCCCUAUCAGGCACCCAUUGUGGCAUUUUAUUCCACCAAUGAGAAUCUACCUCUGGCUUGUCGUUUACACAUUGCUGAAUUCCUCUAUGGAAAGGCCUUGACGUCUGCAGAGGCUAAUGAACCAGUUGUGUAUUCUUUAAUAACCUGUUUGGAGGAUGAAUCAGAGAUAACCGAGUUACUUACUAAUACUUCCCACAAAUAUAGCGUCCCUCCCAUGUCCCUGCUGACCAUGCCCUCAACAAGAACCGAUACAGACGGUCAUAAACAAGUGUUUCCAGAUAGUUCACCUGUUUCAAAUUGCAUGUUAGAAGUUACAAAAGAGUCUGAGCCUGAGAGUGAUGAAGAUGAGGAGGAAGAGCCUGAGCCUGAAACAGUUGUUGUGGAGAAUGAGAGUUAUGUGAACCUCAAGAAGAAGCUUUCCAGAAAAUAUGACAUGCAGGCAAAGUCUGUGUAUAAUGAAAAUGUUAAAAUCUGCAAGCAAUUUCGAAUAAAGCAGUCUUCUAGGCACUUCCAGUCCAUGUUGCAAGAAAGACAGAAUCUCCCUGCGUGGGAAGAAAGAGAAACCAUUCUUGAUUUGCUGACUAAGCAUCAGGUGCUUGUUGUGAGUGGCAUGACUGGAUGUGGGAAAACCACUCAGAUUCCUCAGUUUAUUUUGGAUGCUUCACUGAGGGGUCCUCCAAAUAGGGUAGCCAAUAUCAUAUGCACUCAGCCUCGCAGGAUCUCUGCCAUUUCUGUAGCUGAACGCGUAGCCAAGGAGAGAACAGAAAGAGUUGGGGUCACUGUGGGAUACCAGAUCCGCUUAGAAAGUGUAAAGUCACUAGCUACCAGGCUGCUGUACUGCACUACUGGAGUGCUGCUGAGAAGACUAGAAGGAGACAUGACUUUACAGGGAAUCACCCAUGUUAUUGUUGAUGAAGUUCAUGAAAGAACAGAAGAGAGUGACUUCUUGCUGCUGGUUUUGAAGGAUAUUAUGUUUCAGAGGCCAGACCUGCGUAUUAUACUAAUGAGUGCCACCUUGAAUGCAGAGCUUUUCUCUCAGUACUUUAACUCCUGUCCAGUUAUUAACAUACCAGGUCGGACGUUCCCUGUGGAUCAGUUUUUUCUGGAAGAUGUAAUUGCAGUGACAAGGUAUGUCUUAGAGGAUGGUAGUCCGUACAUGAACAACACGAAACGAGGUCCAGAAGAGAAACUUAAAGCAAGGCGCAAGAGGACUGCGUUAGAAGAAGUAGAGGAAGAUCUAAGAUGUGCUCGCCUCCUAGAGGAUGACACUAUUGUCAAGGAUUCAGUCCCAGACCAGCAAUUAACUUUUAAACAGCUCCUGCUACGGUACAAAGGGGUUAGUAAAUCAGUGUUAAAAACGAUGGCUGCCAUGGACUUAGACAAAGUUAAUCUGGAAUUAAUAGAGUCCCUGCUGGAGUGGAUAGUCAGUGGCAAACACUCAUACCCACCAGGUGCUGUACUGAUAUUUUUGCCUGGUCUAGCAGAAAUUAAGAUGCUUUAUGAACAGCUACAGUCUAAUGCCCUUUUCAAUAAUAGACACAGUAAACGGUGUGUUGUUUAUCCACUCCAUUCCUCACUGUCCAGUGAAGACCAGCAGUCUGUGUUCCUGAAGCCCCCUCUAGGAGUUACCAAGGUCAUCAUAUCUACGAACAUUGCAGAAACGUCCAUCACCAUUGAUGAUGUGGUCUUUGUGAUUGAUUCUGGGAAAAUGAAAGAGAAAAGGUACGACCCCAGCAAAGGAAUGGAAAGUCUGGAAGACACAUUUGUGUCCAAAGCCAAUGCAUUGCAAAGGAAAGGGCGGGCAGGGCGCGUAGCCUCUGGAGUCUGCUUUCAUCUUUUCAGUAGCCAUCACUACAAUCACCAGCUUAUAAAGCAGCAGUUACCCGAAAUACAAAGAGUGCCUUUGGAACAGCUCUGUCUCAGAAUUAAGAUUUUGGAUAUGUUUUCUGCACAUGACCUUCAAUCUGUCUUAUCCCGCCUGAUUGAGCCGCCAAGAAUUGAAUCUCUGCGUGCAUCGAAAGUGCGACUGCAGGACUUGGGCGCUUUAACUCCAGAUGAAAAGCUCACCCCCUUGGGGUAUCACUUGGCCUCCUUGCCUGUGGAUGUGCGGAUUGGAAAACUAAUGCUGUUUGGCACCAUUUUCCGUUGUCUGGAUCCUGCACUAACGAUAGCAGCAAGUCUGGCCUUUAAGUCCCCUUUUGUGUCUCCAUGGGAUAAAAGGGAGGAAGCGAACAAAAAAAAGCUGGAAUUUGCAAUAGGAAACAGUGAUUACCUGGCUCUUCUCCAGGCUUAUAAGGGAUGGCGCUUGAGUACCAAAGAGAGUUCUCGUGCAAGCUACAGCUAUUGCAGGGAGAACUUCUUAUCAGGAAGAGUUCUUCAAGAAAUGGCGAGCCUAAAAAGGCAAUUCACAGAGCUGCUGUCGGACAUUGGAUUUGUGAAGGAGGGGUUAAGAGCCAGGGACAUGGAGAAGAGGUGGUCUCGAGGAGACGGUGUUUUGGAUGCUACAGGAGAAGAGGCAAACUCUAAUGCAGAGAACAUCAAGUUGAUAUCAGCAAUAUUAUGUGCUGCUCUGUAUCCCAAUGUUGUCCAGGUGAAAACCCCCGAGGGGAAAUACCAGUAUACCAGUGCAGGAGCAGUUAAAUUGCACCCAAAGGCAGAGGAGUUGAAGUUCGUUACAAAAAAUGACGGUUACGUUCACAUUCAUCCUUCCUCGGUGAAUUAUCAAACCAGGCACUUUGACAGCCCCUACUUGGUGUACCACGAGAAGAUCAAAACCAGCCGUGUGUUCAUCCGGGACUGCAGCAUGGUGUCGGUGUACCCGCUGGUCUUGUUUGGAGGAGGGCAGGUCCAUGUGCAGCUGCAACGGGGGGAGUUUGUCAUUUCGCUUGAUGACGGAUGGAUUCGUUUCGCAGCAGCCUCCCACCAGGUGGCAGAGCUGGUGAAAGAACUGCGCUGUGAACUAGACCAGCUACUCCAGGAUAAGAUCAAGAAUCCCAGCAUGGAUUUAUGCACGUGCCCGCGAGGAUCCCGUAUCAUUAGUAUGAUUGUAAAGCUUGUGACCACCCAGUAAUCUGAGAAGCACUUUUCUAAAGACCCACUGCUAACUGCUGCUCGGAAAUGGAUUCUGGUACCGCAAUGUUUUUGUACUGUCAGAGUGUGGCGCUGAUCCGGGUAGAGCUAAACUGGUAAAUGCCAUUUUAGCUUUCGGAAAAUAGUCAAAGAAAUAAACCUAAGCAAAAUGGCUUCUGCCAAAAAUGAAAGGGCUCACAGAACAAACUAGGGAGUGGGAAGCUGGCAAUUCUCGUGAUAGUAAUAGAAAACUCCAAAUCAGAGAAGAAAAGCCUAGAAUUUGUUUUUAAAAAAAAAAAUGAAUUCUGUUCUGUGCUGGGAAUAUGUUUUAUGUAGUCUCAUUUUGGUCAGUGUUGUAUUUUUUCCGGUAUAGCACUUUCAGCUGACUUUUGUGCGGAAGAUCAAGGAAUCACGUGCCAUGCAGCUUGCCCUUGGAGCAACAUAAUUACCUGGGCGGAGAGAGCGAGAGAGCGCGCGUUACCUGGUCAGGCUGCCCAGAACUUUUCUAAAUUCAGUAUAAACUACUUGGCCAAGAAUUGUACCUCCCCCCGCUGUUGAGUCUGAUAUCUGCACUUAGCAAUCAUUUUAGGAUACAGCAGAUGUUAAAUGAGCUCAAUUUAAGGACUGGUACGUGAGUUGGUCAUUAAACUAGUGGAUUGUCUUUAAAACUAA